GAUCAUGCGGAGUACCCGACCGACUUCCCGCGCCACUAAAAUGGGGUUAUCAUUGGUGGCUCCGACACUCGACCUUUUCGAUCGAGACGAGCGGCUUCGAGGAUGCCUCGGUCUGGUGCUUCCCCUCGUUCCUUUCGCCGAUUCGUCUUCUCGCGGCCUGGAAGAGGGUAUUUUUAUGUGUUCCUCCAAGCCUCUGUGCUGAUUCCUGCCCCUCCGAUCCAUUCGUCUCUCUGCGACUGUUUGUUAGGGUAAAAGACCUUUCCUUUUCCUUCCGGUUGCAGCAGAUGGUGCGAGAAAUUGAAUCAACAUUGUUUUAAGCCAAAUUGGUUCAAGAUGCUGACUGCGUAUAUUAUCCAUCUGCUAGGAGAAAAGAAUGGGAGAAAUAGACACUAAGCCUUUUGAAUCUGUAAAGACUGCAUUAUCCUUUUUUGAGCAGAAAGCUGGUCAGAAUAGUUGCGCUUCCUCAGGAAACAUGGCAAGAUAAUCUUUGAAGCAUAAUUUUAAAGACCCCAAGUACUGAAAAUGUGAGACCCUCUUAAAAUUGACCUUUAUCCUUUUUCUCUUGAGUAUCUAGGAGGAGCAGGAGGAGAAAGAUCUAUGCCUCUUGUUAAAAGAGUUAGCUAAUUGCAAAGUGCAGCUGGAAAUCAAUAAAUCUGCCAAUAAACAAGCCAAUCUGGAGCUUGAAGUCUAUCAUAAAACAGUUGAUGAUUUGUCAAUCCAGUUGGAAAAUUCUGUUGCUGAGAUUGAUAGAUACAGGGAAAAAUGUCAGCAAGCUGAAACCAAAAUAGCUAAACUUGAAUCUGAAAAUAAAGUGAUUGCACAGUCGCUCUUAGGAUCCAGCGAGCACGAAUCGGAACUACUUGGCAUUGUGGAUGAGUUGAAAGCCUUGCAAGAAGAAGAACAUGCCAUGGGAUCUGAGGUCACUGCUUCAGGACGAUUACAUACUAUGGCAGAAAGAAGAGCUGAGUUGAUGGGGCAAGCAAUUUUCUUAGAGAGUGAUCAGAGAAAGAAGUUAUUGCUGCACAUUUCAGCACUAAAUGAAGCCCUUUUUUCCUCUACACUGGCAGCCAUUGAAGCAGAUAAGGAGAGGUCUGCUUCCUUUUUCAGAAUGGAAGCAGAGUUGCACAUUACUAAAGAGGCACUUGCUCAAUCACAUGAUAAGCUAGAAGGGAUGAAAGAUCACUUGGAUAUGAUGAAUAACAUGGAGAAUGAACUAUUCGCAAAAAUGAUACAAGUUGAUUAUUUGCAAUCUGAACUGAAGCAAUUAGAAGAGUUGUAUAGUGCAUGCUCGAGAUUUGCUUUAGACGCUGUUAACGAUGCAAACCAGCUUGCUUCGGAGAUGGAAACACCAGAAGGGGCAAGAUCCAAGUAUUCAAGCUAUCUUGCCUUGAUGGAAGCCGAAAAAAAGAGAAUGCGCAACGAGCUUCAGAGUGAGAGAGAUAAAGUGAUUGAUCUAAAUUGCCAGAUCGAGCUUCUUUCCAGUAGAACGCAAACACUGAAACACGAGAUGUCUGAAAUGAGGGGAAGAGAAAUGGAUCUUGAGGAAGAAAUUGCGACACUGAAAGCAGAUCUUCACAGAAGCGGGGCAAGAAGAAUUUUAGCUGCUGAGGCUGCCGAAGCAAGGGCUACGAGUUCUCAAUCUGGGUUGUAUAUUGCUGUGCAGGAACUAGCAUUAGAAACUAAAUCAUCUAAGAUGGAAUCUCAAGUACAAAAGAAGGAUGCAGAAUCUGAAAUGGAGAUGGAUGAUAAAGCUGAUUAUGCAACUGAAACUAAACGUGGAAAGAGCGAUAUCAUUGAUGGUUAUGGUGGAAUGGCAAUCUUAGCCAAGGAAAGCAAUUCCUUAACCCAGGAGACCGGGAAAGCCAUGGGAAUUGCAGAUUCUCCUCGCUCUUCUGGAUUGGAACGAACUUCCGACGCUGACAUGUUAAACGAAGAGCUGGAAGCUGCAACCUCCAGAAUCAAUGAUUUGAGAUCCAACCUGGAAGAGGCAACAAGAAGAGCCGAGCUGGCCGAGAAAGCUAAAGCAGCAAUCGAGGAUCAGCUGAGGAAGUGGAGAGCAGAGCAGACACAGAGAAGGGUUGCUGCAGAUGCACUCACCAAGCAACGUCCGAAGAAAGACAGCAACAAUGGCAAGCGCUCCACUUGCACCCCAUCACUGCCUAAAUCAGUGCUUCGUCACCAUGCAGAUGGUUCUCCUCCGGAUUUCGAUGGAACACACCUCAAUUAUGUCCCUCUUGCUAAGGUUCUCAACAUGAAACUCUAAUCAAAUUCCAAGCCAAUUCUACGAGUCAUUUUAUCUAUGGUAAUCGUGUUGUUGCAUGAUUUAU